CUCGGCGCCGCUGGGUAUAGUGCCGUGCCCCGAGGGAGAAGCAAUCGAUGCGGGGUUGGAGGGUUUCGAGGCAGGCGGGAAGAUCAAGUGCCCGAGGUACGAGGAGGUGUGCACCAUCGCCGCCAACGGCAGCAGCCUCGUUGUUCCGCGCGUGUUGAGUGGAGCCGAGCAGGCGAAGGGCGCGGCAGUUGAGCCGCCCGGUGCGGGGGCCCCUGCCGGGGCAGCGGGUGGAGAUUCUCCCGGUCCGGAGGAGGCCACAGAGGCGGCGGCGGCAGCAGCUGCUGCGUCCCCCGAUGUGCCUGCGCCGCCCACCCCGACGCCGGCGGCAUCCGUCAACGGCAGCGCCGUGCAGAAGAAACUUGACGGGGCGGCGCGGCAACUCGGAAGCGACGCCGGUGCGGCUGCUGCGGCUGUUGGCUGCAGUCACUUUGUGCUGCUUGCCGUGGCCGCCGCCGCCGCGGUGACGACGCUGUCGCCUUGA